UCCUUCUCUUCCAACUUCUGCUGCCAUUUCUUCACUUGGCGAUGGUUACUCCUGCUCGUUCUGGGCGCCGUCGUCGGGGUCGCCCUCCUGGGAUUCGGGCCGCCGUUAUUGCGCGUGUGCGCCGUGUCGGCAUGGGUCUUCCUCCUGCCGACUCUUCGUCUGGGGUGGCAGCCGCUGGGCUGCGUGAUCAGCUGGCUGAGGUCGACUCAGGGCGGAUUCUCCACCCCGCCGGCCGCUCCGUUCCCGCCGGGUUGCCCGUCAGCGUUCUGACUUGGAGUAGUUUCGUUAUGGAGAGCUUGAUGCUCGCCGUCGGGAGAUUUCGUUGGGGAAGCGAGUUGUUGACUGUACUGUUGGUUCGACCACUACUGUUGGUUCUUCUUCCGCGUCUGACGGCUUCGUGUCUGCUGGUCGGCCCUCUGCUCUGCGAACUGUUGGACACUCUUGACCAACAUCAACUGAGUACACCACAAUGGACGAAGCUUAUCAUUCCCAGAGAGCAUCCUCCAUGGCAAAGCAAGUUAGGAAGAAGGGUAAACAUCCAGCACUGAAUUUUAAUCAUGGAAGCGGAA